CUAGAAGGAAAAUCUCGUCUAUUGCUCAUGAUAGUAAUUUUUAGGCUCCAUUCCCCUCUUGAUUUGUGAAUUGCCAGACAUAAGGUUCUCAAAGAAUCCCACAGAAAAUAUUUCAUCUUUGGUAAUUUCUACACCCCCCUAUUUUACAUCGAAACAUAACAAUGAUUAAGAUUCAUCUUCCUGUCCUUUUAUCUGUGCCUCGCUCGCAUGCUUGUCUUUCCUCAUUAGCUUUGAUAUCACAGUGCCAUCUACUUGAUCAACAGAGUCAGGUUAUUUUCCUUAGAAAAUAACUGUGUGGCUGUAAUGCCAAAGAAAUCAAAGGGCUGCUGGGUUUCUUAGCGAGUUCCCCUCUCCUCCGCACCUCCUAGCCCUUUCAAAGCAGCACUGCCCUUAGAUGUGCGCCUUUGGGAGCUGGCCUGCCUCCGAGCCUGUUUCACAGACCGACACAAAGCCCCGGCUGGCAGUGACAGACCCACUGGUGCUGCGAGGACAAUUUGAGCUCUGUUGACCCUUCUCUCAGCAUCCCCUAUCCUCUCCGCAGGUGUUUUGUUUGAAAGCCGGGUCACUCUCUGUAGGCAGAAAACGCGUCAGCAUUUUCUGCGUGUAAACUGGGGCAGAGGCUUUGUUCGGAGUAAGAAAGCAUCACAGCAGUCGGAGGAGAUGGAUUGCAUAGCCUGAUAGGUUGAGCCAUCCCUUCUUAAAAAUAUCCACAGCCUAGCCUGAGCCCUGGCAGGCAUAUUCUUUAUUAAUUUUUCCUACAAAUAUUUAGACAAGAAACACUGUAGACAGGGCUAAAAGAAAUUAUCGCUGUGCACUUACUUCUAAAGACCUGUUUCUCUACAGGAAUCACCAGUCUGGCAAGAUCAACAGUAGGAGUGAAGGUGACGCUGCCACACUAAAUAGCUUUUCACCUACAAGACAGGUUUUUUUCUCUUUUUGUACUAUUGAAAGGUGUUUGAAGUUUUUUUUCUAUGUAUAUUUCAAAGUAAAUUUGAUUCAUUCACUGUGAAAAAUCAAAUGCGUAGACUCCAGUUUUACCUGUCCUUAAGCCUUCCCUUUUUAUUGCUUUUAUCCUCACCCGCCACUCUGUUCUUAUCUUACCAGUAUAGCUGCAAACAGGUAGGGUGUACGUACUAGCAACUUUCCAGUGCUCAAAGUCCUCGGCGGGCCUUACAUGUGAUUGUUGUUAUCAAAGCCUCAACUUUUUGUGCCUCAGAAGACAUCUUUGCUAUGACUUGUGCAUAGAGGCAGAGUGAAAAAAGAUACGGGCUUGUUUUUAUAUGCACCUAGGCUUCCUCAUAUGGAGGCCGGGAGCUAUAAAAACAUCUAUGCUCUUUGCUGUCGUGCUCCACCUGUGAGGAGGGUAGGACAGCUUUCUGCAGCAGUACCAUGGUACUUUUCUGCUUCUCCACUGCCUGUUGAGUGUAAUCGCUUUACGUGGGCAAAAUUGGUGCUGGCCGGUGAAGUCACUCUGCAGCUGUGUAUUGAGACUGUCUUUUCGCUUGGUGCCUGUGCUGGCCAUUGCAGUGAACGAGCUUCAAAAUGGCAGUCUGGUGUCAUUGACAUAGGACUCCAGCAGUGGUCUGUGCCUCCACUCAAAGGGAACAGGCACGGUAGUCAGGCCACACCAGCAUUUUUCAUAUAUGCUCUGGGAUACUAAGUUAUAAAGAAAUCUUCUGUAACAGCUGUGAGGUAUUACAAGAAAACAAAUAACUGUUUGCUUACUUAAUGGCCAUCAGUCUUGAUGGCGCUUCUGGUUAGUUUAUAGCUCAGGACUGAGAUAAAUGUUAGCAUUGACCGUACAACAAUAAGCUCUUAUAUGUGUCUAAUACAGUUGCUUGGGAACACAAUGCCAAUAUUUUCCGUGUUGACACCAGCACCUGUUCUAUCUCUUAAGCGGGGUGGCUUCCGUGCAAAUAACUCCUAUGUGAGUGCUCACAUCAACUGGGUUCCAGUUUGCUUUGUAGAAUUAAAUGAGCGUAACGUAGAGCGGUUAAAGAGAUUUUCACAUUAAUUGUAAAAAGAGCGUUUUGUCCGCCUAGAUGCCAACUAUUCCCUCUUGUCUUAUGGAUUAGUGACUUUGAUGCUGCUUAACCAUCAGUUGUUACCGGGGCCAGAAGGGAGCAGGAGUAAUUUGGAAAUUGAGGGAGGGUUGCUCAUACUAUUGUGUGGCAAGUGAAGUUGAGUACUUCACAUGCAUUUCUGACUGUGCUUUCUGUGGCGUUUUGUUACAGUCCAGGUAAAGUACAGUAAACAGUGAUAAGAGUUUAUAGGGGUUUCUUGCUCAGAGAUGCAGCUGAUGAUUGUUUUUACAUAUUCCUCCUACUGACUGCACUGGCACAGCCCACUAGUGUAAAACAAUCAUUGGAUUUAACGUGACGAUGGAUAAACCAGGAUAUGUCUCAAACCUCCCUCCCUCCAGAGGUGGUAGCGAAGCCACCGGUCCUGAAUGCGUCUCCCUUACUUGGAGUAUUACAGGAGACAUGCUAUUUUCACCCUUUUCCAUGCUGAGUGGCACAGAGGAGAUGUUUUGAAGUUGCAGAAAGUACUCAUCUACAUUUCCAAACUGCGGUGUAAGCUAGCUCUGGGCUGCUGGCUGCCUCAGAAAUAGUGCAGCCAGCUGAAGCCAGGUAAACCAUUGCAAGUACAAAGGCAGCAGCAAACCACAGCCAGCUUUCCUUGCAACUGUUCCCUUGCUGAACGAACACAUACCUUUUCACACCCUGCGACUGAGUUGAGGAGGAAGAGGAAGACAACUUUUGCAUGUGGGUAGAUUGCUGUCGUAAUAAACACCUGAGCAAACUUUACUGUAUCCUAUCUUGGCCGUAACUCUGCAUAUGUGGCAGAGAGCCUACAAAGCCAAGAAUUUUAUAAAGUUUGUUCUUCCACCUCCACCCAGCCAAAAUAUAUUCCCCAGUUCUCUCCCAAACCAUCUUAUUUUAAAUAAAUAUAAGGAAAUCUCAUAUAAACGAUGGGACCUGUGUCUUCUGAAAAGCACGACACCGUAAAAUCCUGGCUGGGGGAAAUACCUUCUCUGAGCAGUGCUGGCUUAAGCAACCAUCAGCCCUACCCACAGCUGCUCACAUGUGCCCCUGCAUCAUCCCCUGCCUCAUGCUGCCACAACUGCUUGCGUAGCUGGGUGAUGAACUAAACAGGAACACAGAUCCAGAUGGAAAAUAGCCCAGGGGAAAGGGGGGAGGGAGGGAGUUUUCAGCCAGAUCAGUUCCUCCAUCUCAAAUGCGGGUGUUUACACCCUGCAGCAAUAGUGGGAACAAAAUUAUUUGGGAAAGGGGGGCAGUCGGGGUGGUGACUGUUUAAACCAGUUUUACCACCCUAGCUGAAUGCUAAGCCAUUGCUUCAAAAAAAAACCCCUCAGGAAGUCUCCAGUGUAAGGAAAUGGGAUGGUUGAUUUCCCUCAACUCCCACCUUAAUCUGUUUAUUUGUUGCUGGGUCUUUGAUGCUUGUCACAAGGGUGUCACUGCUCUGUCCCUACCUAUGCCUCUCCUCACUGUCACCACUGCUUUGCCUUUCAAGGAACUUUUGUGGUCUGACUUGCAAAACAAAGAGUUUCUUAGGGAAUAUCAAAGAGGAGAUGAGAUGUAACACAUGGAUUGCCUACGUAAUACAUGACUUCUCUGUGCGAGCACAAAGUCUUCCCGGUAUUCCCCUUGCCGCUUUAUUCCUCUGUGAGGCUGUGUUUGGGCUGGACACUUUGUGCAGUACUGGCACAGUGCUGCAAUGUGACGUAGUAAAUUGCUUAACGGUUUCAUAACCUUUUCCUUUCAAUGCUGGGUAGAAAUGAGGGGCUUUGAUCAGGAGGUUGCAUCACAGGACCAGCUUCUUAAAGAAAAAUAAAAGUUGGAAAUGAGGUUACACUACUAUGUUGCAUCCCCGCUUGUUGUUUCUUACUAUGCAGUCCUUCAGGGACACAGUGUGGCAAUGCUAAAGCAAUACGCUUUGCCAGCGUAUGUCAGAGGGACAUUAGCUGUGUCCCCCGGCAGAUGCUGUGGCAAUGAGCGUGCGUGAGGCUGACACCGAUUAGGCUGCACCAUGGGGCUCCCACCAGACGUUUCCUAGGGCAGCGAGGGCCGCAGGGGGUGGGUAUCACAGCAGCGGCAGUGAUUGCUGCUGAUGGCUGUUGGGGCUCUUCCCAGGAUAAGUCCGGUCCAAGCUUAGACGCCAGCAGCUCCUGCUGUUUUAACAUGAGCUUGAUUAGACCGGCGCUACGGAGGAUCACUAGGCAGUGCGUGCAUGCCAGAGACCAUUGCUAAUAGACAGGAUAAUAAGAUCUCUUCCAGGGGCCGAUCCAGAGGUAUUACAAGCAGGUGUUUUGGUGUCCACUUCCUCGGCCAUCAGAGCACGGUGAUUUGUUACGACAGCCUCCGCAGGUCCUUGGCAGGCUUUCGUGUCGCCUCUCUGUGUGUGGUGUAAAGCAGGACACAGCCCGGUUUGAGAACGCGUCAGCUCCACGCUGCUUCACACCUCCCGGAGGGGUUUUCAUCUCCUUCUCAGCCCUUUCCUUCAUUGCCCUGGCUGAUCGGUCUCCCUUCAAACCUGUAGAUCAGGAGUUUCCAGCCUAAAGGCUACACCUCUCAGUGGGGUCGGGAGCCUGGCAGAUGCAAUUCGAUAGGCGAGGAGUCGGGGUCCUGACCAGGCUGCCGGUUGGGCACUAGCCUUGGGGAAAGUGAAGGAGCGAGGGUCAAGGGGGUGGCUGGCCUCCCCUUCCCAUUUGCCUUGCCCUCUGCCCCGGCGGUGCAGAGAGGGAAGGUGUCCGGUGAAAGCGUGGCCGUGCCCUGCCGUACUCGGACAUCUCCCUGCUAGCGCACGGCAAGGGCGGCCCGGGCGAAGCUGGGAGGAUGCGACUCUGCUUCGGGGUGCCGGCAGCCACGGCCCCGCGGCGGGGCGAGGAGCAUACCCUGAAGCAGGGAAAGAGGCUGGGAAUGGCUGCGGUUUGGGGCUGGCUCUGAAACCCGCCCCGCCAGGCGUGCUUGCACAUAAGGCAGGUGAAUGCAAACACUGCCCCGGGCGUCAGCUUCCCGGGGGUGGAGCUGCUCUGGCACAGGUGGCAGGGCUGAGCCCGGGGCCCUGCAGAGCCUGGGGAGCCCUGCUCCAAAACCAAGCCCAAAGCAACCAGCCUUCACCCGGGCGGCGAGGUCACCUCCCUGAAAAUCAAGCUAGGGCCCCCGCUGCCACCGCCACCACCAAGCAAGGCUGGCCACGGCGAGCAUGGACUGUCCGGGGAAGGAAGGCGCGGGGGGCAGGAGGAGGAAUCUGGCCCUGCUGAGGAACAAGCUCUACAUGGGGGAGAGGAGGAGGACGGAGCCCGUGGUGGAGAGCGCCGCCGCCGCCGGGGACCACGGCACCUUGCGGAGGAGUCAGUCCGACAGGACAGAGUACAGCCAGAAAUUACAAGAAAAAAUGGCCCCUCAGGCAGGGUCCUCAACCCCCGCCACUUCACUGCAGGAGGAUGAAGAACAAGUUAGCAGACGCAUGAUGGCCAAGAGGGUGAAAAUCAUCGCAGAACUCAUGCAGACGGAGAAAGACUAUAUCAGCGACCUGGAUCUCUGCAUCAAGGAAGUGAUUCAGCCCCUGAGAAACAAGCAGAUUGCUCACUUUGACGUGGAUGGCUUGUUUAGCAACAUUGAAUUGGUCCAUCAAGUAUCAGCCAAACUGCUGUCAUUGUUGGAAGAAGCCACGACAGAUGUGGAACCACCCAUGCAAAUAAUCGGGGAAGUGUUCUUGCAGAUUAAAGGCCCACUAGAAGACACAUAUAAAAUCUACUGCUAUCGCCAUGAUGAUGCACACACCAUGCUGGAAUCCUAUGAAAAGGAUGAAGAACUGAAGCAGCAUUUAAGACACUGUGUACAGUCCUUAAAAAAGAUAUAUGAGGAAGAAGGAAAGCCAAAUCUAAUGGAUAUGGGAUCCCUGAUGAUCAAACCAGUGCAACGGGUGAUGAAAUAUCCCUUGUUACUCUGUGAACUCUUGAAUUCAACUCCUGCUUCUCACCCUGACCACAAGGUGCUACAAGAUGCCCUUUUUGCUAUGAAAAACAUUAAUGUGAACAUCAAUGAACUUAAAAGGAGGAAAGAUUUAGUGCUGAAGUAUAAGAGGAAUGACGACGAUGAAACCCUUAAAGAAAAGUUUUCCCGACUGAAUAUCCACUCCAUUAGCAAGAAAUCCAAGAGGGUCACCAGCCAUCUGAAAAUACUGACGGGGGGAGAACCGCAGGUGAAAGACCAAACUUUUAAUAAGGAAGAAAAGUUGUUUCGAAGUUUAGAGAAGACUGUGAAAUUGUGUGUGAAGAACAUUUCACUCGCCUUGCAACAUCUACAGGAUUCUAUACAUCUGGCUACACAGAAUAUAAUCGGGCUUCAGGAAAUCUUGCAAGACAAAGAUGAUGGAGUCAACAACUGUUUGAAAAAACAGAACAACACUGCAAAUCUCUGUGAAGACCUUAUGGCUCAGCUGGACAAGCUUGUUCUGGCUCCUCUCUCGGCACUACAAGCCUUGUUUUCGGGCCCACAGAAGCUCAUCCAGAAGCGCUAUGACAAGUUGUUGGACUACAACAGCUACCUUCAGAAGUCAACAGGAGAAGAGCUGGACCUAGCAAAGAAAGACUAUGAGGCUCUAAAUGCACAGUUAGUGGAAGAACUUCAGGUAUUCAACAGAGCAGCCAGAAAGAUUGUGUUGAACUGCCUGCAUUGCUUCAUCACCCUCCUCAGGAAUAUUAUGUCUGCAGCACUUCAAUCAAAUUCUGCUGUGGUGGUGCCUGUUCCGCUGUCUUCCUCAAGCAUCUGUGAAGUGCAGAAUCAGUUGAUGGAGGAGGUUCACAAGCUGAAUUUUGUAAAAGAAAACAGCAGUGCAACCUUUAUUGAGAGAAAAUUGAGCUUAGAAAAAAAGAAACCUGUCCCUUCUCCGCUCGAAUCCCCACGUCAAACAGAAGGCCACAGGUCCAAGCUGUUGUCUACGUACAGCACAGAAUUGCUAUACCAAGCUAAGCGCAAGUGCAAUGCCACACAGGAAUUUGAUAUUGAUUUACAUGAAGGAGAACUGGUGGCUGUUGUGGAGCAAAAGGACCCCUUCGGAAGUACGAGCAGAUGGCUUGUUGAUGCAGGAAUCCUUAAAGGGUAUGUGUAUUCCUCCUUCCUGAGGCCUUACAACCCAGCCAAAGCGCAGAAGGACGUAGCAGAAAACGGCUUUGGUGAUGAUGAUUUUGAUAAUAUCAGCCUCUUUGUCUCUUCGCGGCCCUCUACUGACAGCAGCACAAGAAGUCCGGGGCACAAGAAGAGUGACAGCAGCUCAUCUCUUCAAUUCUGCGAAAAUCCCACAGUUAAUGGCACAGGGACUGAUGCUUUUCAGGAUACGGAUGAUCAGCAUACCUUCUAUGCUGUUUACGCAUUUCAAGCAAGAAAUGAUCAGGAACUCAGUCUUCAGGAGUACCAGAAGGUUAGGAUACUUCGGUUUUCUGACCUGAGUGGCAAUAAAGAAUGGUGGCUAGCAGAAGCAAAAGGUCAGAAAGGAUAUGUACCAUCUAAUUAUCUCGGGAAGAUGACAUACGCUUAGGAAGAGAAAGGCCCAUUGAGCCAGUGUCUCUGAAGUAGACAGAAUAAUCAUCUAUUACGGCUUGCAGCAAGCAAGGCAAACUCACAAGUGAUUGACAGAAGCCAUGGUAUCAGGCACAGCACACAGAUGAUAUUGAGAACCUCAAUCCUCCAAAAGCCAUCACCUUGUCAAGACCUGAGGGAGGAAACAUUUAACAGGAAGACUGAUUCUGAUUAACAUCCUGAAGAGCUUGCUUUUCUAUUACCCCAUAAUUUUCUCUUUUGUCAAAGCGUCCUACGUCAAAAGUCAACCUACAAGUACAAAUCACAGCUAAAAUUAUGUUUUUCUUCCAUGAUAUUUAGCAAAUCAUGCUCAAGAUGAAGAGAAUUAGCCUUGAAAAAGGACAAAUUCAGUCUUCAGGGAUGCUGUAGUUCAGGCUGAAUUGUUCCUGAACUGCUAUCUCAAUGAACAUAGACACAUCUUAAAACUUGAGCUUUUUGGUUGUCUGUUUUUAUCCUCAGCCACUUUUGUAAUGAACCUUUUUCUCAGUGGAGAUUAUUGGAAUGGGAAAAGAAAAAGGGGUUUGUUUUUGUAGGAAAUAUUUCAACUUAAAACAUACCAAGUGUGGUGGUACCAGUGGCUGGUCCCAGGGAAGAAGGUAUGUUUAGUCAGAUAUGGAAAUGGGGGGAGGGAAAGAGGGGGCACAAGAAACAGGUACUGUGAAAUAAAGAAGUUAUAAUUUUGAGAGGAAUUACACAACUACUUCAUAUGGUAAGAAACCAUUUGUAGCAAUAUGAAAGCGCCCCAGGUUUGAAAUCCCAUGUAUGUCUCCACACUAACUGCUUUAAAGUGCAAGAUCUGUGUAGUGAAAAGAAACCUGUGUUAUUAGACUUGGGAAAUAUAAUAAGAUUUAAAAAAAAAAAAAAAAAAAAGGCCAAGCAGUGCCUUUCAAUGAAU